AUGGGCAGUGCGGAAAACCCCGACGCCUCGCUCCUGGUUCCUCCCGAAGGUGCAAUCGUGCCCUUAUUGGUCAACGGCCAGGACUACAUCGACGCCGACCCAGAGAGGCAUUCCUCGCUACACCACGAACACAAUCUUACAACUCCAUCCAAGACCAUCUUUCAGGGCGCCGACGUGAAAAUCACACGCGAGGCCAUCGAUGGUGCCCAGCAGGCGUUUGCUAAUGGUUGGUCCCAAGCAUCAGUGCCCAUGAGGCGGGCCCUGUUCCAUAAGAUGGUCGAGGGGAUAAAACAAAACGAGAGCGCCCUUAAAGCCCUGAUUAAAGCAGAGAUACACUGCGACGAUCUGUGGGCAGACAUCCAAUACCACGGUGGGAUCAGCGUACUCGAGGAGUCGGCAGCCUCGCUCAGCUCCGAGGCCACGAACGGCCAGAUCCUGCCGACGGUGGUCGAAGGCGCUUACCCUCUGGUGGUGAACGAGCCCUACGGUGUCGUCCUCGCCAUGGCUCCCUGGAACGCACCGCUUAUUCUGGGCCUGCGAUGCAUCGCCGCGCCCCUUGCGGCAUGCAACACCGUCGUCUUCCGGGGCUCCGAGAUGUCCCCAAGGGUACACUCGUUUAUCGCAAACUUGGUUCGCUACGCAGGCUUCCCGCCCGGCGUCUGCAACUUCCUGCUCCACCGGCCACAGGACGCUGCCGAGGUGUUUGAGACGUGCAUCAGCCACCCGGCUGUCAAGAAGGCCAACUUUACCGGCUCGACAGCAGUCGGCCGUGCCAUUGCCACGGCCGCUGCAAGGUUUCUCAAGCCGGUCCUGCUUGAGCUCGGCGGCAAGAACGUCAGCAUCGUCCUUGAGGACGCGGAUCUGGACAAGGCAGCCGCUGCAUCGUUGCAGCAUGCCAUCAUCAACAACGGCCAAGUCUGCAUGUGCACAGACACGAUCCUCGUCGCGCGGCCCGUCCUGCACGCUUUCAGCGCUGCGCUGCACCGGCAGCUAGGUGCUCUGUCACCGGCUGACUGCCGGGUCAUAUCAUCGACAUCGCGAGCCAACCUGGCACGGAUGCUCGCCGAGGCGGCCGCGGACGGCGCCACUAUCACGCAGGCACCAGGCGGCCGGUGCGAGGGUAACCUGGUGCCGGUAGCGGUGCUUGAGAAUCUGACCGCGGGCGCUGCAUACCACACCCAAGAGGCAUUCGGGCCGGUCGUGGCGGUGCAUGCGUUUGGCCUGGAGCAGGAGGCGGUGGACUACGUCAGAGCCACAGGCUACGGGCUGUCGAGCGCGGUCUGGACUGGCGAUACGAUGCGGGCGAUGCGGCUCGCCAGGCAGCUCGACGUCGGGGCCGUGCACGUCAAUGGCGGCACCGUCCACGACGAGGGCAAUUUUCCGCACGGAGGCGUGGGCAACAGUGGGUAUGGGCGGUUUGGCGGCACCUGGGGCCUGCGCGAGUUUACACGGUCCAAGACGAUCAUGCUGUAUCCAUGAGAUGAGGCCGACAGUCAGUAUUGUUCGCCAAGUGGAUGUUGUGUAUAUGAUAUGGCGAACAGCAGAUAGGGAGGCCGCCUGGGCGGGUUGGUGAGAGACUUGAGCCUUGAAUUGUAUUCUCUAGAGUGAGCAAUGCGGAAGAAUCCCCAGCAGUGUAAAUCUUGGUGCUGGUGCAAGGAAUUGGAUGUC